AUGCACGAAGAGAGAACGACCAUGCCGUUCCAUCACAACAAAGUCUACACUGUUGAAUUCGUAGCGAGUUACGGACGAGUUGAGGUGCUACUCAAUGGAGCUAAGUUCUACGACUUUGCUGAGCGUAUACCGUUUUCCGAAGUCAAGAAAGUUGAAAUUGACGGAGACGUGCACGUUCACUCGGCCCAGUUUUUCUAA